CUACGUUGUCUAACCCAAAUUUCAUGACUUUUUCCUCGCAUCGCUCAUCAGUAUCUGGCCACUUCAAUUUCCCUGAAGAGGAAGAGAAAAUCCUAGCAUUCUGGAAGGAAAUUGACGCCUUUGGCACCUCGCAGAAGCUUAACGCCGGCAAAAAGCCCUUCACUUUCUUUGACGGACCUCCCUUCGCCACUGGUCUUCCUCACUAUGGUCACUUGCUCGCAGGUACCAUCAAGGAUAUUGUGACUCGAUAUGCUCACUCUACCGGCCACAGCGUUGAACGUCGUUUCGGUUGGGAUACUCACGGUUUGCCCGUUGAAUACGAGAUUGACAAGAAGCUCGGUAUCAAGGGCAAACAAGACGUCAUGGACAUGGGAAUCGCAAAGUACAACGCUGAGUGCAGAUCCAUUGUUAUGCGUUACGCCUCUGAAUGGAGAGCUACUGUUGAGCGUAUGGCUCGUUGGAUCGAUUUCGACAACGAUUAUAAGACUCUUAACCCAACCUUUAUGGAAACCGAAUGGUGGGUUUUCAAGCAAUUGUUCGACAAGGGUUUGGUCUAUCAAGGACGUAGGGUCAUGCCUUACUCCACUGUCUGUAUGACUCCUCUUUCCAACUUUGAGGCCACUCAAAACUACAAGGAUGUCAAUGAUCCCGCCGUCGUUAUUUCUUUCCCAUUGCUCAACGACCCUACCGUCCUCUUGUUGGCAUGGACUACUACUCCCUGGACCAUUCCAAGUAACCUUGGUUUGACCGUCCACCCCGACUUUGACUAUAUUAAGAUCAAGGAUGAAUUGACCGGCAACGUGUAUGUCCUUUUGGAGAAGCGUCUUGACAUUCUGUACAAGGACCCUAAGAAGGCUAAGUUCGAAGUUCUCGAGAAAUACAAGGGAACUGAUAUGAAGGGUUGGGAAUACAUUCCUCCCUUCAAGUACUUUGAGGAAGAGUUCAGAGGCCGUGGCUUCAAGGUCAUGUGCGAUACUUAUGUUACGGAUGAUUCUGGUACUGGUAUUGUUCACUGCUCUCCUGCCUUUGGUGAAGACGAUAGCCGCGUUGCACUCGAGCACGGUGUCAUCACUGCCGAUGGUCGCGUACCUUGCCCAGUCGACGAGUCCGGUCUGUUCACCAGUGAAGUCUCUGAUUUUGCUGGCAUGCAUGUUAAGGAAGCCGACAAGCACAUCCAAAAGUAUUUGAAGCAGGAGAAGCGAUUGAUUGUUCAAUCCCAAAUCAUGCAUAGUUAUCCCUUCUGCUGGCGUUCUGAUUCUCCCCUCAUCUACAAGGCUGUUCCAUCUUGGUUCAUCCGCGUUAAGCCAUCCAUUGACAAGAUUAUGGCCAACAACGACAAGAUGAAGUGGGUCCCUGGUUUCGUUCAAGAGAAGCGCUUCGCUAACUGGAUUGCCAACGCUCGUGACUGGAACGUGUCUCGUAACCGUUACUGGGGUACUCCCAUGCCUAUCUGGGUCAACGAGGACAUGAGUGAGAUUGUUUGUAUCGGUUCCAUUGCUGAGCUUGAGGAACUCAGUGGUGUCAAGGGUAUCACUGAUCUCCACAGAGAGAGCAUCGACCACAUUACCAUUCCCUCCAAGACUGGCAACGGCCAACUUAAGCGUAUCGAAGAAGUCUUUGAUUGUUGGUUCGAAUCUGGUUCUAUGCCUUAUGCUCAGCAGCAUUAUCCUUUCGAGAACCAGGAGGAAUUUGCCAAUAAGUUCCCUGCUGAUUUCAUCUCUGAGGGUAUUGAUCAAACUCGUGGCUGGUUUUACACUCUUCUCGUUCUUUCAAGCCAUCUGUUCGAUGAACCACCCGCCAAGAACGUCAUUGUCAGCGGUCUUGUUCUUGCUGCUGAUGGUAAGAAGAUGAGCAAGCGUCUCAAGAACUACCCAGAGCCUGGAAUCGUCAUUGACAAGUUUGGUGCUGAUGCUUUGAGACUUUACCUCAUCAACUCACCCGUUGUCAGAGCCGAAACUCUCAAGUUCAAGGAAGAAGGUGUCAAGGAGAUCAUUGCCCGUGUCUUCUUGCCCUGGUACAACGCUUUCAAGUUCUUUGUCACUCAGACCCACGUCUUGAAGCAGAACCAUAACUUCGAGUUCAAGUACACCACCCACGCCAAAAAGUCUGAGAACGUCAUGGAUCGUUGGGUUCUUGCCUCAUGCCAAUCUUUGAUCAAGUUUGUUCGUGAGGAAAUGAACGCAUACCGCUUGUACACCGUUGUUCCAAGAUUGUUGACUCUCAUUGACACCUUGACCAACUGGUAUGUCCGAUUCAACCGUAAGAGACUGAAGGGUGAUGAGGGUAUGGAUGAAGCUGAGAAGGCUAUGAACACUCUUUUCGAGGUUUUGUUCACUCUUUGCCGCACUAUGGCACCUUUCACACCUUUCUUGACCGAGAACAUGUACCAAGGUUUGAAGACAUUCAUUCCUGCCGACGAGUCUACUGCUGUAGAUGAUCGCUCCGUGCAUUUCUUGGACUUCCCCACACCACGUGAGGAGUACUUUGAUGACGAAAUCGAGCGUUCCGUUGGAAGAAUGCAAGCUGUCAUCGAAUUGGGCCGUAACAUUCGUGAGAAGAACACUAUUUCACUCAAGACCCCAUUGAAGGAGCUUGUUGUCAUUCAUCCUGAUCCUCAAUAUCUGCAAGACAUCAAGUCGCUCGAAAACUAUAUUUACGAAGAAUUGAACGUCCGAGAUAUCAUUGUCACCUCCGAUGAGGACAAAUUCGGUAUUAAAUACAAGGUUGAGGCCGACCAGAAGGUUUUGGGCCAAAAGUUGAAGAAGGAGGCACCCAAGGUCAGAAAGGCAUUGCCUGAUGUGUCCAGUGAUGACGUUAAGCAAUUCAUGCAAACCAAGCAAAUCACUGUUGCUGGACAUACGCUCACUGAAGAAGAUCUUAAUGUCGUUCGUUUCUUCGAGUCAGAAGCUUCAACAUAUCAGACCAACAGCGACAAGGAUGUUUUGAUCUUGUUGGACACCAAGCUUUACAAGGAGCUAGAGCAAGAAGGUCUUGCAAGAGAAAUCAUCAACCGUGUCCAGCGUCUCCGAAAGAAGGCCAACUUGUUGCCCACUGACAACGUCCUUACAUACUACCAGUUUACAAAGGAUCUUGGCGAUGCUUUGGAAACCGUCAUCAAGACCCAGACCGAUGUCAUUGUCAAGGUUCUCAAGAAGCCUCUUAUCGAUGCUUCUGAGAAGGCUGCCAAUGCCGAAGUAUUGGCUGAAGAGGAGCAAGAGGUCAAUGGAUCAACGUUCAACCUUGUCCUUGUUAAGAACUGGUAGAUCAAAAAAAUUGGCAAUAUGCUAGAAAAAUAUUAAAAAUAAAAAUGCCAUGAUUAUUAAAAAGAAAUGUACACAUUGCGUGUCUGUAAGUAUGAUAAAAUGGUCUUAGAGGCAGGAGUGUCUGUUGGUU